AAAAUACUCGGUCCCAAUCACGAUUAGAUUUGGCAACAUCGCGAAUCGUUAAAAUCAUAAUGGCAGCUAUAACAUUAUAAUAAUAAUAAUAACGAAAAUAAAAGCAUAAAAACCAAGUAUUUCUGCAAUACUAAGAAAAAAUGAUGUAGUAUCUACUUGCAUAAUACAUUUUAAUAAAAUUAUGAACGUUAACAUUUUACUGUAUACGUACAAUAAAUAUAAAUGCCAGCGGCUCUCAAACUUUUGUAACUUCCCUGAGAUCCUGAUUAAUUCACGUAUAUUUAAUUGCAUAAAAGGUGUCAGUUAUAGAUUUUAUCAAGCGGAAACUGCAAAUAGCGAAAGAAUUUUAUUCUAAUUCAUCAAAAUGUUGAAGCUAUGGAGGGUAGAAAUAACGAGAACUGUGCUACAUAAAGUCUCCAUCAAUACUGCAUAUUUCACUGUAUUUGACAAACGUCAUUCAUAUAAGACGGACGGAAGACUGAACCUAACGAUCAUAUGAUAUUUCGUCUGACAGGAACGCCAUUUUGGUCAAAUUUUGAAUUAUAAUUAUAUAUAUAACCUAUUUUCCAUUUUAUUUCGUAUAAUUUAUAUAAGUUCAUUAUAGAAACUUGAAAAUAGAUAUUGAAACAUUUAAUCGGACGCAAAACACACUUAUAAAUAUCCAAUUGUACGCCCACGAUAAAUAAUUCCGAUUUAAAGAACAUAGUUCAAGCAAAUCAGUAUACUCUGUAUGUAUAAUUGAAAGAAAGUGCCAAGGUUGUUUGAUUAAUACGGAUACCAGUCGAAAAUUACGUUUUAUACAUAAGAAUAUGAGAAUUUUGUACAAGAAACUAUGUCCGUUUAGACCCAUCCUGCAGCCGAGCACUUAACAGGAGAAUAUCUUUUGGUUGCGUUUUACUCUUAACUGAGUCGUAUUGUUCGGUCUCGCAUCAGUCUAAGCCGGACCUCGCGGUCGUCAGCGUCCGCCGACGUUUCAAAUGUAGGCGCUGAACUUCGCUGCUGGUAAACAAAAGACAGCGAAAAAACUUGUACGUGGAAAACAAAAGACGGGUAGAGGAAUAUUUACGAGACGUGAUAUUAUAAAAAGUGAUUUUUUUUUAAUAUAUUCGUUGUGUGUUUAAUAUUAAUUUGGAUAUAUUUCAUUUUAAAUGACGGAUGUAAGUUUAAAACGAUUAACCAACUAUAAAAAAGCAGUUUUUACAUUAAAAUUUCGGGUUUUUUCAUCAACAAGUGAAGUGAAAUUACUCAAAUAGAUCAUUUUUCAAUUUUUAUUCAUUCAUAUCUAUACCUAGCAGUACUAGACAUCAACUGCUGGAAUUUCUUCUUCUUUACUGGUAAAUAUUUCAUCGAUUAAUCAUUUUUUCAAGUUUUUGAAAGAAAAAAAUCAUUCGAAAGUGCUAAAUAAGUUCCAUAGGACCAUUGGUUGAAGUUUUUCUAACCUAACAUUUUCUUUACAUGUAUGUACGUGGACUCUUCUUCUUUUUGCGUCUUCUCCAUUUGUUAAAGCGUUUUUCACGUCCAUUUCACCUUUCUUCUUCUUCUCCUUGCAUCAUGCUCCAUUCGUAUCCCUCCAAUACUUCCCCAAAAAUAAAUUAGAUACCUCAAAAUAGCCAUUAACCUUUGACCAUCGAGUCUGGGAACAGAAAAUAAUCCGAGGGGAUUAAAUCUGGCGAAUAUGGUGUAUGAGGUGGCAAAUCAAACUUUUAUUGAUUGAUUUUGGUCAUAGAAAUAACGGAUGAGUGAGCUGGUGUAUUAUUUUCUUGACCAAAUGUUGUUUUUGCUUGAUUCCUUUGCUCAAACGUUGCUAUAAGUGGAUUUUCUUCAACAUUCCCGGACUCGUCACUUCAUUUGGUCUACCACUGUGAUGCUGGUCCUUGCAGGUCGUGCAAAUACAAAAUAACGCGGACUUUCUAAUAAAGUGGUAGUUUUCAAGCAACUACCACCAUCUCUAGGUCAUGCCAGGUACUUCUGGAACCAUCUUAAAUAUUGAAAUUUCUGUAUUUUAUAAAUUUGUCGUGUAUUUUCCGGUUUUCACUCACAAUUACCUUCGUAUAUAUUGAAUAUUAUCUAAUUUUUUUUUCUUGGAAAUGGCAACCUUGUUUUCAUUAGUCGAUGCGGUUCGAAAGAACGGCUUUCGAUUUUCUAUUCAAGGUAAAACUUGAGUUUCGCAAAAGUGUUGGUUACCAACCAGCGAUCAGAAACACGCCGUUAAUUUUUUUCGGUAUUCGUUGCGAACAAUACCCAACGCAGAAUCGGAUCAAGGGGGUUUUUAUUCCCAAUAAAUACUUCGAAAUAAUAAUUUGGAAACGUAAAUUACACUACUAGUCAAAUGGGUGUUUGUUAGGUUAGAAUCUCUCGUCUCUGUUAAAAAUAAGGAAGAAAAACGCGAUUAAAGCACAAAUUUCGACCGAUAGUUUCUCGGUUUUAUCCGUUUCGAUUAAAAUAUGUUACGAAAUCCAAAGUAGUGCAACAAAUAAUGAAAAUUUCGAAAUUAGUUUAAUAACAAACCAGCAAAAUCGACGAUUACACACACCAGUAUUUGAAAACAUUACUUAGCAAUCUUCCAAUCGAAUUUUAUCGCUUGUUAAAAUAAAUUACGUAACUAAAGAAAUUAUUUAACUCGCUUACUAUAACUAACCUUUAAAAUUAUUACUCAUAUAUUUAAAUUUUAUACAGAAUGUCUCGUGAAUAAAUCAAAAUUUGUCCAGACACGAUUAAGAAAAAGGUUGCCUUUUAGAAAACAAAAAUUGUCGUAAAUUAACAAUUUUCUUGAUAAAAGUACCUCAUUAUCCGAAACAAAUAAGGGAAAAAACUGUUUAUACCAAGUUAUCGUCUUCAGAGUACAGUUCAGUUGCUAAAUAAUUUAUUUCACCUAUCAAGGGACAUGCUGUAUAUUAUUGUUGAUAUAAGUGAUAGUUGCAAAUUAUUUUCUUACGUUACGAAAGCACUUAUAAAUCGAGUCACGUUUUUUAACAGUUUUAUUAUCAUGAUAUCAUAAUUUGAAUCAAAAAAUAUACAUCAUACUUAAAUUCAUAUCGCAUCGUAUAAAACUUUCUUAAUCAUUUACGAAACAAAAGUCGGAAACGUUUCAGACCGCCCUCGUAUAUUGACACUUGUCAAUUAUAAAAAUUAAUUUUGUCUAUCCGGUGUACGCUUACAAUAUUUUUUGUCUCUCAAUAUCUUAUUUUGAUUGAAAUAAUUUGUAGUUAUUCGAUGUCUGUAUAAGAAAAAUGUUUUUUUUUACCGUAAAUUUAAGACAUCCUGUAAAAUAUUUCCCACGUUCACCUUGAUCAGAUUCAAACACAGAUAAAAUUAAAUACCACCUCACCACGUCGGUUAUUAAUGUUUUUAACUAAUUAUUAUUCAUUUUGAUGAGAAAUAGUAACCUCGAUAUACAAGAGGAAACUGCAAUCGGUUAAAAUAAAAUAUUUAAUAAGCAAAAAAAACAUCCGCGCUUUAAAUAUCUUUAUAUACUGAAAUUAAAUCUCUAGUAUUUGUUGAGGUUAUGUUUAUAAAUACAGGAAAAAAGCGGUUCGAUCAAACUAUCGAGAUCCAACUCGUCUGCCGUCAGCUUCGUUCGACUUCGUUUCUUACCGAAGUAGGUUAACGCCGGUUGUUAGACAACCCGUAUUACAACAUCACGCGUUGGCAAUUCGCUCAAAACCGUGUAAUUAACACCAGCGCAUUAAAUAUCUUUAUAUAAUGAAAUUACUUUCAAUAUAAAAUGGAUUUGCUAAAAAAAAUUGUACCGAAUUAAAUCGCUAGUUUAUCUCGUUCGAUUUUCUUUGUUAUCGAAGUAGGUUAACGCCGGUUGUUAGACAACCCGUAUUACAACAUCACGCGUUGGCAAGUUGCAGCAAAACUUGACUUACAAAUUAUUAACAUUAUAAAACCAAUUAGAACGAUACGAAUAAAUUAUAAUGAAGAAUCGGAAGUAAUUAUAAGAAAUUUUUCUAUAUAAUUAUAUAAAAAUGACAAAUGUAUUUUGAUUUCAACUUAAUUAAAGUUUAAGAAAAUUAGUAAACAAAUGAUAUCUUAAUUAAAUCUUCAAUGAAAGUGAAUUUGCUUGGAUUUUUAUUACACAAUUUGCUGUGAUCUAAUUUGUAUACAUACAAUUCAUUAUUGUUAUCUGUAAAGUAGGUUUCUGCAAUGAUUUUUCGUUUGCUAUUUUUAGUUCGUAAGGUCGUGAUUACACCAUAACAUUUAAGGCCCCAUAACAUGCAAUUAAAAUAUUUCACGUCAUUUGACAUAUGUCAGUUUCUUACCACUGCAUCAUGGUUGCCACUAAUCAAAAUUUUAUGGGCGGUGUAAUGGACAAAUUAGUUAAAUAAUUAGACGAGGAAACAUUAAAAAUUAGUUGAGAAUGGAUGAAGAAAUAUUUGGAAGGAAAAUGAAACGUAAUAUCAGCAGAUAAGAAACUCAUUCUGCGCAUGCUUUUUAUCAAGAAAUAUUACGUCUUGUAUUGCAUUGCACGUUGUCUUGAAUCGUGUCAAGCGGCCUUUAAAUGAAUUCUUCUUUUUUAUUGCGUUUUGAUUAAAAAAUGAAUGUAAUACUACGAGGUGUAGUUAAAAAAUUCUUUGCUUAAAUUUUAUUUGCUAACAAUUAAAAACGUUUAGUUCCCAAAAAAGAACGUAUAAAACGUAAUAUACGAGGGACGUCUAAAAAGUUUACGACCUAACAAAAAAAACAACAAUUAAACUAGUUUUAACACGUGGAAAUAUGAAAUAUACCAAAAAAAUAUACUAAAAAACGUGGAAAAACAUAUAUUUUUAAUGAUGACUAUUUGAAAAUUUAUUUUUUACUACUUUUCUUUGCACUUAAUCUAAAAAUAACGCACGACGGCUUCCUAGUUAGCAUAUUUGUUUAUAUAUAAUCGGUUUUAGUAUUUCAAAAGUUCAAUGAACGUAGAUGCGUGUCAGCUACAAAGUUUCUGCGUUUCUUCUUCAUAAAAUUAAUUUCCAAUUAUUUCCAUCGAAACGAUAAAUCCAUUAGUCAUCAUAUCAAUAAGUACAAUCAUUUACUUUCACUUUAUACGAUUUAUUCAAUUCAAGAGACACAGUAUGUUCAAAUUUUUAUUACGAUGUGAAAUACAGCCGAAGAAAAUAUACAGGAUGUCACCAAAAUAAACUUUAAUAAUAAUACGAGGGUUAUUCGGGAUUUAGUCAAAUAAUUUCGAACAUUUAUCAUGUCAGUGGUUUGCAAUUUCAUUCAGAUUCGUAUUGGCCACAAAAAAAGGUACAAAAAAUUAUAUGGACACACGAAAUGUUAACGGUAAGAUCGCGAAAGUACAAGGGUCGUCCAACAAGAUGAAACGCCGCUUUAAAAACAAGUUUCGAGUCUGAUUACCGAAGUAGAAACUUUUCACACGUGAAAUAUAUACCAGUGAAGUUGUUUUUUUCUCAAAAUUAAUUUCCGGAGUAUCCAUUUUAUCUCAAUAAAACAACUGUAUCGGAAAAUAGUUUCAGGAUACUACGAUUUUCAGUGUAAACACCGAUUGGUGAUUAACCUCGAGUCUCCGCCGUUUUGGAACGCCUAUAUUUCUUUUAGAUCCUUUCCCACGUCGUCUCGAAGUAACCAAGUCAUCUUAGUCUUGAUCUCCGGGUCUCUCCGUCCACGAAACCCCCACCAAAAUUGACACAAAGUCCGAUAUUUAUAAUCAAACAAGGCCCAGUCCUGGUCCAUCGAGGUUUCUACCAAGAUUGGGCCAAACCUGGCUCCCAAGCUCCACAGUUGGGCGAAGCCCGGACCGAGUUGGUCCCCGUGGACAAUUAUUGCGUUCGAGGUCCACGUAAUAAGUCGAAAAGCGUCAAAUCUGGACUACAGGGGGUCCAGGAAUCAUUUGAAGUGUGAUUGGAUAAAUAUCAGUGUUUUUAAUACCGAAUUUUCAGAUUGUACCAAAAAUAUCAAGCAUAAGCUAUGAAAAUCAAACACCACCCAGGCAAAGCCGUUAUAAACGACCCGGGAUGGCUGGAGAUGGACAUUUCGAACAAAACGAGAGGAAGACAAUACGAAGCCAACUGGGAGGACGCGCACAAAUCUUUAUCGAAUAACAGUUCGACGUCGAAUUCGUGGGACAAAUACAGUCAUAGAAGUUUGGACGGCGGUACCGUAUCGAGCAAAUUGGGUCAGUACCAAAGCGUCUUGAACGAAAUUAACAAAAACGACGACGAUUUAAGUAAACCGAAAAGUAUUAAAGGCAGCGUCCGAUUGAAAUAUCACAGCGAUAAGUGUUUAGGUAGAAUAAACAGUAAAAAUAUUAAAGACGCGGAUACGUCCCAGUAUUUUUUCCCUUCGCAAUCGCAGCCGGUACCGCCGCAACCUAAACCCAGAAAGAAAUUGCCGGCGAUUCGACAAGAUAAUCAAUUCAAUACAGUAUUAGACGAUUUGCAUAAACAUUUAAAGAAAUCCGUCAGGUUCGACGAAGCGAAUACGGAAGAUCGCGAAGGGGAAACGCGGGAACGCGUCAACACUUGGGUGGACGAUCAAAACAAAUAUAUAGUAAACGAGGAGGAUAAACCGAAAAGCGAUUCGGUAAAACGCAGCGAUAGCGGUUAUUACGAACAUUUCGAUAAACCGCGCCAACGUUUACCGCCCAACACCAUCUACCCUUCGUCGUAUUCUUCUUCUUCUUCCUCUUCGUCUACAUCUUCAUCUUCUUCGUCCAGCGACGGAUAUUCAUUCGAAUCGGAAGAUAGCGAUUAUAACGGAAUGUAUAGUUUAUAUAAAGACGGUUCGAUUCCUAAACAUAAAGCGGCGACGCCUAAACCUAAAAGUAGAACUUUGACGGCGGUGUCUCCGUCUACUAGAAGUGCCGCUUGUGAUUCGAAUGAUUUUGUGAUACCGAGACCGAAGUUAAUAGUGCCCGUACAUACUUACGCGGUGAGAAAGAGAAGGACGGGAAAUAUUUUAUCGGAUCGCUACGAUUCCGCCGGUACCGACGAACAGAAAAGUUUACAUAAAAGGAAAGAAGAGGGGAAAGUAGAAGUUUCUAGGGAAAAUAAAAUUCUGCAUCAUUUGGAUUCCGGAAAAGUAUUAGGGGAACUCGCCAUUUUAUAUAACUGUCAACGAACUGCCACAAUAAAAGCUCAUACAGAUUGCAAAUUAUGGGCAAUAGAAAGACAAUGUUUCCAGACGAUUAUGAUGAGGACUGGUCUCAUCAGGCAAGCGGAAUAUACAGAUUUCUUGAAAAGUGUGCCAAUUUUCAAGACCUUACCCGAAGACACUCUCAUCAAAAUUUCUGAUGUUUUGGAAGAAACUGUAUAUGCUAAUGGGGAUUACAUCAUCAGGCAAGGGGCUCGAGGUGAUACCUUCUUCAUAAUAAGUAAAGGAAAAGUGAAAGUUACCAGAAAAGUACCAAGUUCGAAUAACGAAGAGUUUAUAAGGACUCUAGGGAAAGGAGACUUUUUCGGAGAAAAAGCAUUACAGGGUGAUGAUUUGAGAACUGCCAAUGUUAUAGUGGACGAUCCCGAAGGGGUUACGACUCUUGUUAUAGAUAGAGAAACUUUUAACCAGUUAAUAUCAGAUUUGGAUGAAAUUAGAACCAAAUACAGGGAUGACAAUAUAGAAAGACGAAGAGCAAAUCAUGAAUACGAAGGAGUAGAACUCUCAGAUUUGACUAUUCUGACAACACUAGGAGUCGGAGGCUUCGGAAGGGUAGAACUUGUGCAAAUUAAAGGUCGCCCUUCGAGAUCGUACGCGUUAAAACAAAUGAAGAAAGCACAAAUCGUGGAAACUAGACAACAACAACACAUAAUGUCCGAAAAGGAGAUUAUGGGCGAAGCAAAUUGCGAUUUUAUAGUGAAAUUAUACAAGACUUUCAAAGACGCUAAAUAUUUGUAUAUGUUAAUGGAGAGUUGCCUCGGAGGAGAAUUAUGGACUGUAUUAAGAGACAAAGGACAUUUCGAUGAUGCAACGACAAAAUUCUGUACUGCUUGUGUAGUGGAAGCUUUCGAUUAUCUACAUUCUCGCAACAUCAUCUACAGAGACCUGAAACCUGAAAAUCUCCUACUGGACAAUUACGGUUAUGUCAAAUUAGUGGAUUUCGGAUUCGCGAAAAAAUUACAAACUGGCAGAAAAACAUGGACUUUUUGUGGCACGCCAGAGUACGUAGCUCCCGAAGUAAUAUUAAACAAAGGACAUGAUAUCAGUGCUGAUUAUUGGUCGUUAGGAGUUUUGAUGUUUGAAUUAUUGACGGGCACUCCUCCUUUCACCGGUUCGGAUCCAAUGAGAACCUAUAAUAUUAUUUUGAAAGGUAUCGAUCAAAUUGACUUUCCUAGAACUAUAACAAGAAACGCACAGGCCCUAAUCAAGAGGCUCUGUAGGGAUAAUCCGGCUGAAAGGUUGGGCUAUCAGAAAGGUGGAAUUAGCGAUAUACAGAAACAUAAGUGGUUUGAUGGUUUUAAUUGGGAAGGUCUCGUUAAUAGAACUCUAACCCCACCUAUAGUCCCGAGGGUGCAAAACGUAACAGAUUCAUCAAACUUUGACAAUUACCCACGUGAUACGGACGAUCCUCCACCGGACGAUAUUUCUGGCUGGGAUAGCAAUUUUUAGAUAUUCCUUUUUAAUAAUGUUUUAGGCUUUUUCUAAUUUUUCAAAUAUACUAUAGCCAAUUUUGGGAAAAUCUAUUUUUUUGUGCAUCGAAUGCUUCGAAAAUUGGACCCAUGUUGAUAUUUUGGUGCCUUAAGAUGAUAAUUGUCUAUUGUAACACUUUAUCUGUUAAAGAUUUGUAAUUAUAUAUAUAUACAUAUACAAAAA